AUGGCCGUCCAGUCGACGCUUCGGCGCCCAGAGGAUCCCCUCCUGGCGCUCUAUCAACAUUACUCCGAUCUCGUACGCUCAAAGUUUCGCCGCACAUCCAAGACAACACGUUUGAUUGCAACCAUAGCGCUCCUUUUCUCCAUCAUCGGUUCGGGUUAUGGAGGUUACAGGUGGUACCGAGGGCGAGCCAAGGAGCGAGCCCAGGGUCGCCGUCUAUUGCGCCGGAACUCUGGUAUCCGGGGCAAAGAUGGAUCCCGUACUAUCUUCGUGUCAUAUAAGGACUCUCUAACCUCCAAGGUCUUGAUCCAUCCCACCAAACCGACUACAUUUGAUGCCCAUCGACGACUAUUCCUCAAUCCCCCAGCAUCGGCUCGUGGCAAGGACGAUGGAUCCGCCAGCCAAAUCCCUCCACCAACAACCAAACCAGGUUUGAACCUGGCAUUUCUCCAUCAGUUCUUGAGUUUGGGCAGUAUCAUGGUGCCGAGAUGGGGAAGCAAAGAGACUGGAUUGCUGAUGAGCCACGGUCUCUUUCUCUUGAUGAGAACCUAUCUCUCGCUGUUAAUUGCACGACUCGAUGGUGAAAUCGUGAGGGAUCUGGUGGCAGGGAAAGGUAAGGCUUUCCUUUGGGGUAUCUUGAAAUGGUGUGGAAUCGGAACACUUGCUUCAUACACCAAUGCGAUGAUCAAAUUCCUCCAAGCCAAGGUUUCCAUCGCCUUCCGCACUCGAUUAACAAGGUACAUCCACGACUUAUACCUAACCGACAAUAAUAACUACUAUAAAUUAAUGAACUUGGACGGCGGAAUUGGACAAGGUCCCGACCAGUUCAUCACGCAAGAUCUCACACUGUUCUGCACGGCUGCGGCAUCACUGUACUCCUCCAUGGGAAAGCCAUUGGUGGACCUUUUCGUAUUCAACUAUCAACUUUACCGUUCUCUCGGUCCGCUUGCUCUGAGUGGCAUUUUGGCCGGGUACUUCAGUACAGCUGUGGUACUGCGGAAAUUGUCACCGCCAUUCGGGAAGCUUAAGGCAGUAGAGGGCAAGAAGGAAGGAGAUUUCCGUGGUUUGCAUUCCCGACUUCUAGCCAACGCCGAAGAAAUCUCGUUCUACGGUGGGGCUGAUAUCGAGCGUGUGUUCCUAGUCAGGAGCUUCAAGGACCUACAGCGAUGGAUGGAGGGCAUCUACAGUCUCAAAAUCCGCUACAACAUGCUCGAGGAUAUGAUCCUAAAGUACUCUUGGUCUGCAUUUGGUUAUUUGGUGACUUCCCUGCCCAUCUUCCUUCCUGCAUGGGGUGGUAUGGGCGGCGCAAUGGAGCUGGCUGAUGCACCCGAGGGAAUGAGUCGCGAGCGUGGCCGCAUGAAGGAAUUUAUCACGAAUAAACGUCUCAUGCUUUCCCUCGCUGAUGCUGGGGGUCGAAUGAUGUACAGCAUCAAGGAUAUCUCGGAGCUCGCUGGCUACACGUCCCGUGUCUACAGUCUCAUCGCCACUCUACACCGUGUUCACGCUGAUGCCUAUUACACCCCCGGGGCUCGCACCCCGAACUCUACUCUCUUGCGGAUGCACAGGGUACCACCCACAAUGGCUUUGACGGAGUUCGCCUAG